AUGUCAAAUUAUCUUUGGGUAAACAUUAGCCCUUCGAGAGAAAAUACGACAAGUAGCACUAAGGAAAUGAUAUCACCAUCGAAAAAGAGAACUGCCUUACUGGGUAAAAACAUUAAUCAGAAAUCAGGGUUUGUAAAAAAAGGUAACGAACUGCAUUCACCAUCGAAAAGAAGAUCGCAAGUAGACACAGAUUAUGCACUAAGGCGAAGCCCGAUAAGAGCUAUUAAAUUGACGCCUUCGAGCUCUUCACAAUUUUUGGUAUACGAGGAAACUUCGGAAGAAAGAGACCAGAUUAUUCAUAGACAUAAUGAAACGGUACACAAUGUUAGACGUGCCGCAUGUGAUGAAAAUGAUCCUUUACAAGUAAAGGAAAACCUUUCACCCACUAAGCUUCAGUCCAAAGACACGAUCAUCUCACAAAGAAAAGGACAAAGAAUUGAUUUGGGAGAUUUAAGUAUUGAUGAGUUCAAAGGCUAUAUACAAGAUCCUCUCACUGAUGAAAUCAUACCGUUGACUCUACCAUUGGGAAGCAAAAAAAUAAGUUUGCCCAGUUUUGUGACUCCGCCAAGAAAUGCAAAGAUUUCUGGUUUCUUCUCUAUCAAACCUCAAGGACAAAAUUCAGAAACAAUAAUGUCCCGCUCGACGGAUGAUGUACAUCCAAAUAAAGUCGUGAGAAAGCUGUCCUUCCGCAUAUGCGAAGAUAAUUAA